AUGCCUCAAAACGAAUAUAUCGAACAGCACAUCAAGCAACAUGGUCGUAGAUUAGACCACGAUGAGAGAAAACGUAAGAGAGAAGCCCGUGAGGCUCAUAAGAUCUCUGAAAAGGCUCAGAAAUUGACUGGUUGGAAGGGUAAGCAAUUUGCUAAGAAGCGUUAUGCUGAGAAGGUUGCUAUGAAGAAGAAGAUCCGUGCUCAUGAGCAGAGUAAAGUUAAAGGAGGGUCCAAACCGUUGGAUGAGAACGGGGAGGCUUUGCCUACUUAUUUGUUAGACAGAGAACAGAACAACACUGCAAAGGCUAUAUCCAGUUCCAUCAAGCAGAAGCGUUUGGAGAAGGCUGACAAGUUUUCUGUUCCUUUGCCUAAGGUCAGAGGUAUCAGUGAGGAAGAGAUGUUCAAAGUUGUUAAGACAGGUAAGUCUAAGUCUAAGGCAUGGAAGAGAAUGAUCACGAAACAUACGUUUGUUGGUGAAGGGUUUACAAGAAGGCCUGUGAAGAUGGAAAGGAUUAUCAGACCUAGUGCUUUGAGACAAAAGAAGGCUAAUGUGACGCAUCCGGAACUUGGAGUCACCGUUUUCUUGCCAAUUCUUGCGGUGAAGAAGAAUCCUCAAUCGCCAAUGUACACACAGUUGGGUGUAUUAACCAAGGGUACUAUUAUUGAAGUGAACGUCUCGGAAUUAGGUAUGGUUACUUCUGGUGGUAAAGUGGUUUGGGGUAAAUAUGCUCAAAUCACGAAUGAGCCAGAUAGAGACGGUUGUGUCAACGCUGUGCUACUUGUGUAA